AUUAAUAAUACAUCUUCAACAAAAUACAUCUUACAAUCCAACUAAAUGGGAGACAGCAUCCCCGUGCUCGAUGACGGUGUAAUGCCCUUCAUGGAGGCGCCGAUUUUCUGUUACCAGUCUGUCUUCCAACUGCCGGUACUUCCUUUUUCUGGGAUUGCUAGAGGCAGCAAGCUGUUUCUCCCCUCUAUACACCAGAUUUUGGCCACCCUGAGCAUUUGGUAUGAAACUAACAUAUACUUGAACGUUUGCCAUCUUGUGAUAUCUGUCAGAUCAAUGUUGUUGACAAAUGUCAGUGGUUCCAUAUAUAUAUAGUGUCCUCUGAACGGAGUUCACCACUUAAGUAAGUUUUAACAAAAAAAAUGCUUAUCAUCAUGAUAAAAUAAGAUGAACACAGUUUACAUGCCAUAUGCUGAACGAAUAAUCUGUUGAACACAGUUCUCUACACCAUAAAAUUGGCCCACUUGAUUAAGCCAAUUAAGGCUGUUAAUUAAAAUCCGAUAAUCCCUGUUAAUCCAGGGAUUAAAAACUGGCACAGUGGGAGUACCCCCUUUUAUCUUGAGCUCAUCAGGUCAGGUUUAAUGUAAUUGGUUUAAAAGUUUAUUGAAUAAACAUUAUGAUGUAGGGUAAAAGAAAAUUGAAAAAAAGCUAUAUUUACAUCCUGAAUCCUGAUUAAAUCUGUUUGAAUUGAACCAUAAACUGUGAACAGUUUGCUAUUUAAAAAACUGGAGUAAGUCAUGUAAACAACAAGGUGUGUUCUGUAUGUAAUCAUAGAUUGGUUGAAUGCAUGAACUUGGUUUUAAGGUGAAGGUUGUUGAAUUCAUCAGAACGUUAAUGUACUUGUAAGUUAUAUAUAACUUGGACUAUGACCAUUCGAAAACAGGCCAUACACAUGUAGAGCAUUGAUCUGAAAUAGCCUUGCUGAACACUUGUUGCCCAUUGUUUUUUUCUUCACCUGCAAUUACAUGUACCUUUUGACCACAUAUAGUCCCCAGUCAAGGUGGCAUAUUGUACUUUAAAAAGAUCAAAGCUUUAUAUAAACAAUUAGCUAGAAAUACUUGUAGUUGACUAUGGCUACACCUACAGGUAUUGCUUCAUGUCCUCAUGUGGUACAAGUACCUACUGUCAUAUCAAUGGUUGGUUUACCAGCUAGAGGUAAAACAUACAUAUCUAAAAAACUUACAAGAUACCUCAAUUGGAUCGGCAUAGCUACUAAAGUGUUUAAUGUUGGUGAAUACAGAAGAGCAGCCACUGAUCAGUAUAAAAAUCAUGAUUUUUUCCGCGCUGAUAACAAGGAGGCUCUUGAAAUCAGAACGAAAUGUGCCAUGAUGGCUAUUGAAGAUGCGAGCAAAUAUUUGUUAAAUGGAGGAGAAGUAGCUGUUGUUGAUGCUACAAAUACAACAAGAGAAAGAAGAAAGAUGUUAGUAGAUGUUUUUACGGUACAACAUAAUUUUAAGUUGUUUUUUGUUGAGUCUUUAUGUGAUGAUCUGAGAAUUAUUGAAGCUAAUAUAUUAGAAGUUAAAGUAUGUAGUCCAGAUUAUUUAGGUGUUGAUAAAAAUGAAGCAGUGAAAGAUUUUCUACAAAGAAUAGAACAUUAUCGAGUUACAUAUGAAUCAUUAGAUUAUAAUUUAGAUAAUGAUAUGUCAUUUAUACAGAUAGUCAAUCAAGGUGAUAGAUUUCUUGUCAAUAAAUUAGCUGGUCAUUUACAGAGUAGGGUAGUAUAUUAUCUAAUGAAUAUUCAUGUCCUUCCUAGAACUAUAUAUUUAACUAGGCAUGGUGAAAGUGAAAUGAAUUUAACAGGCAAAAUUGGUGGAGAUAGUGAUUUAUCAGAGAGAGGUAAAGAGUAUGCAGAAAAGUUAGCCCAAUUUGUAGUCCAAGAGAAUAUACCAAAUUUGAAAGUCUGGACAAGUCAGAUGAAAAGAACAAUUCAAACGGCGGUAAAAAUUGAUGCACCUAAAGAACACUGGAAAGCUUUAAAUGAAAUAGAUGCUGGUAUAUGUGAAGGUAUGUCUUAUGAAGAAAUACAAGAAAGAUAUCCAGAAGAUUUUGCUUUGAGAGAUCAAGAUAAAUUUCAUUAUAGAUAUCAAAGUGGCGAGUCAUAUCAAGACUUAGUAGCCAGACUGGAACCAGUUAUUUUAGAGUUAGAGAGACAAGAGAAUGUAAUGGUUGUAUGUCAUCAAGCUGUAGCUAGAUGUUUGUUAGCAUAUUUUCAAGAUAAAAGUUCAGACGACCUUCCCUACUUGAAAGUUCCUCUUCAUACAGUGAUAAAGUUGACUCCAGUAGCCUAUGGUUGUAGGGUAGAAUAUGUAUCAUUAAAAAUUGAUGCUGUAAAUACUCAUAGAGAGCGACCAAAGAUGGCCUUACCAAAUGGUUCUAUUAAAACAAUAACAGAUACUGCUUCCUGCUCAUGUGCUUCAAAAAAUUGAUAUAGAUAAAAAAAAGCUUGAUGACUGCAUCAAUACCAUUGAGUUCAAGAAUAAAUAUUCACUUGCUGCUGAGUUCUUAUUGUAUCUGGCCAUUCUGCCUGUCUGUGAUUCUACCCUUGUUAAUCCAUCAAGAGAUCUUGUAUUUCAACAUUUUACAGUUGUGUUCUGACAUCACAUGGAUUUUAAUAUUAUUAUAUUAUAAUAUAUAUGUCUAAAAUUAAGAUAAUUAAUUAGCUUUUCUUUUCCUUUUUUUUUUCUUUUUAUAUAAGCCCCUAUAUGUUGGUCUGUCGUCCACAAUUUAUUGUGCCCUCUUUACAGACUAUUUUUAUAUCUGAUAUCUUUUAAAGAUAGUUAUGUUUAUUACAUUAGUGAGAUAAAGAAGUCAUAAUUUCAGCAAUGUUACAUAAUAAACUCCAGAGUUAUGCCUCUUGUUCAUUUACAUGCAUUGUUCAAAUUAGUGCUAGGGCGGAUUGAUUUUUAUACACCCACAUUGAAUUGUGGUGUAUAUUGUUGUCGGUCAGUCCGUUCAUCCCACGUCCACAAGCAAUUGCUUUAGAGGCUAAAGUUAAUAUCCGAUUGACUUUAAAUUUAUCGAUUUUCACUGAUUUCCGAUAAUUACUGCCAGAGUUAUGGUCCUUGAUCACUUUGAAAUAUCUUGUGGACGCUCUAGACGGUAAAGGUAAUAUCCAAUUAACUUAAAAAUUUAUACACAGUGUUUACGGUCAUGAGAUUGGUUAAGACUUGAGCACACGAUAACUUUGGUUUUAAUUGGGUGCGAUGAAAGUCUUGAGUAUAGAUUCAUUAUAUCAAUACCUUGACUAAUUUCGAGUUUUCUGCUUAGGCCAAGUAGCGAUAAGCAAUUUGAUUGGUCUUUGGACAAUUCCAUUGAGGUAGAAUGUUUAAACUUGGUGUAGAUGUCUUGACUGAGUUCAAUGAUUCACAUUUCCCAAAGCAAAUUCAUUGGUCAAUGUUUUGGGACAAGACAACUUUGAUUCUAACUGAUGGAGAGCGAUUAAACAUCAGCCUCACUGUUGGCAUGUUACUUUGUAGAACGUUGUGAAUGUUCGAUGACAAGAGUUAUUAUUCGAUCUAUAUGAAAUUGAUAUGCAUUAUUUUGAUUAGUAAACCAAAGAAGCCUAUUGAAUUUCAUCAACUUCAUUUAAUUACCUUAUAGGUCAAAAAUUAUCAGCCAGUCUAUUUGAAAUUUCUGUGCAUGAUUUGAAUUGAUGAAACCGGCCAAUAAAAAAAGAAAGUCACCACCUGAUCUUUGUUUCGAUUAUUGCAAUGGAUAAAAAUUGCAACAAUUUCUGAUAAUUGAUUAUACAGUUAUUGCUCUUGAUUAUGCCAUAACACACCAAUGAUAUACCUACAUUUUAAAGAUUUUGCUUCUUAUAUACAUAAAGUAUAAAGAUUCCCAAUGUGACUACCUUUAUGGUCACCUCUGACAACCUAGCUGCUAUAGCCCUAUGUUUUGUUCACAACAAAGUAUGUUUUUAAACAUUAAAAAGGUGUUUAAUCACUAAUUCUUGAUAGGAUAGUUUAAUAUUUUAGUAUUUGCAUUGACCAAAGUGCUGACAAGGGAUACGAUAUAAAUAAACUAGUCCAUUCUGCUAUGGCAUCCCAAGUUAAUUUCAUUUCCAAUACAAAUUUUGUCUUCUGUAUUUUGGAUGCACAUUUAUUGUGCACUCAAUGCAAUACAAUAGAAUCCUUCAGCAUUAAGUAAUUUUAGUACAUUGUAAUUAAUUAGUUAGUCUUAGUAUUUGAGUGUAUAUAUAUACACUCAAAGCCAUUAAAAAUGCAAUGCCAAAUUCAAAGUUUAUUUACUGCAACAACUUUUAACAAAUGUACAUAACAAUUGACAAAAUCGAGGUAACAAGCAUCUGUGGAUAAUUUCAUGAAAGAAUUCACCACAAAUGCACAAAACCGAAACGUCAGAGAACCAUGAAACAAAGCAGGGGACAGCUGAAGUCAAUAUCGGGUAUGCCCACCCUGAGCUCUUACACAUGCCUGAAGUCGCCUUAGCAUGGACUGGCACAGAUGUCUCACUACACGCUGUUUGUUUGACAAUGAUUUUGGAGUGCCGGUGCCAACACUGCAACAGUUUGUGGUGGCACGGCUUGAGUUCGAACCCGUCGUCCAAGUUCCUCCCAAAGCUGUUCGAUCGGGUUCAAGUCGGGAGACAUAACGGGCCAAUCCAUAACACGGACAUGAGGUUGAAUCAGGAUUCAUCCGUGAAGAUGACAUUUCGCCAUGGUGUGUUGUGCAGAUAUCCCUGAUUUGCGGCCCUUUGCUGCCUGGCAAGUCAAUGACGAUGCAAACGGAUUUGACCUUGGUAAGUUGACGGCAGCAUAACCCUAGAGUAGAGCAGCCAGACGCCUUCGGACUGAGGGCUGAUCUUACAUUGCCAUGUUUCAACAGUUCGCCUGGCAGUAGCAGUAGCUGACUGGAACCUGUUGCGCAGAUGCUGUAGUCAGAUGUGGCGAUCUUGCGCAGCGUUUGUUACAGGUGGCGCUCCAGGUCAAUCGGCAACUCUUCUAGGGGCGUGUGACUUGGGACUGCUUAAAAUCGUGAAAAAAGACAAGUGUUGCGUUUGCAGGAACAAAGUUCAUUACCGAGAACUGAUAUUGGGUUCAAACCCAGAACUGCACAAAAAGAGACCCAAGUUUCACCUACGUGCCACAAGAUAGGAAAGGCCAAGAAAACGUUUACCAGAAAUAUUUCACGAAUUAGGCAUUGCGUUUUUAAUGGCUUUGAGUGUAUGUAUAUAUAUAUAUGUGUAUUUAAAAUACAGAUGUACUUUAAGUUGUUCAAUGGUCUUGAGCUUAAGACAUUGCAUAAUAUAUUGAAACAACUGCUUGGAACUGAUGUCCCUCGUGUUGUUUCAAUAUACUUAAUGUCUCACUCUCGACCAUUAAACCACACUUAAUCCUUGUUUUAAAUUUUGAAAAGAAUAAACUUCUUCAGCAUUAAUAUUGAGUAAUUGUUAGAUGUAUUUUGCAAUUAAUUAAUUAGUCUUAUUAGUUUCUUGAUAUUUAUUGUGAUAAUUUUUGGUUUUGGAAUUUGAUAUAUAUUUGUUGAUUUAUUUUAUAAAAGUGCUUUUAAAUAAACCUCUUUUUUUUUUAUUGAAUUUUAUGUUUUUUGAAUGCUGGUGUCAAAACAAUUUUGAUUGGUUUAGGUUUGCAUUUAUAGGUGUUAGAAUUUUAUGUAACUGUAAUAAAAUAUUUUAAAUAUGUGUAUUAUGUUAUCAGUGCAUAUAAAGUUAUAAACUAGAAUUUUCAAUAUUUAUUUAUAUUGUUAUAUUGUACAUAAUUGCUUGUAUACGAUUUUUUUUGUUUUUGGAUAUGAUUGCUGAUAUUUUAUUUCUAUAUUAUGUUUUAUGAAUAUCAUUAUUUAUUAUAUUAUCAAUAAAAAUGCUGAAUACGAAAUUGUAUUAAGAAAAUGAUACAUUCCAUUCAUUGUUUAAACAUUGUUAAUGAAGUGAAAGCACGAGAUAAUUUUAUAAAUGAAUUGUAACCCUAUUCAGUCGGUGAAUUACUUAUGUGGCUAAUUAACCAAAGAAAAAGAAAGCUGGAUACAAGAAAGUUGUGCAAUGCUUGAUACAAGUUUUAUAUCUAGUUAGAUUAUGAAUUGAAAUUGUCAUUAGUAACAGAUUGAAACCUAGUAUUAUUCAUGAUUGAAAUCACAAAUAUGGCAUUUAUAAUUUUAUAAUAAAUAGCCCCAAAACUGGAACUAUUUGAAUCAUUUAAAAUGACUGAUGUUAUCAGUAUCACUUUUCUUCCAAGCAGGGCUCUCUUUUGGUCUUUUUCCCUCAGUCUUGGCUGAAUUUACUUGCCUUUUCAUUUUACAUUAGGACGUUUUUAUUUCAAAGAGUAAGGAAUGAAUUGAACUAGUUAAAUAUUUAACAGGAUGUAUCUCUAUAAAUUUUUUUAAAUCAAUCCAAAAAUGUCAUAGGCUCAUUUAUUAAGUAUGCAACCCUGAUAAAUAUUACUGACAGUCAUUAAUGAUACUGGAUCAUCAUACAUAAUGCCUUGAAAUGUGAUGUUUAAAAUAAAUCAUUUAGUCCAGUAAUGAUUCUUUUACAAAAUCAAAACAUGAAAAUAAAAACCUUUUAUUCAGGAUUAUCUUAGAACCAGAAUAUUUUGUAUGACCUUAAGAUAGUGCUAAAAAAUUGUUUUUUUCUUAAAAAGAAAAAUCUGGCCGAUGUGAGAAAGAUAAAAUAUCAAAGACUGGCUUAUAAAAUAUUGGAGUUAAACCCCUGCUCUGAAGGUGUGUUGGAGGUGAUGAAGCUCUGAGUUCAGUUUAUAGAAUGUUCCUGAUAUUUUAGUGAUUGAAUAUUAGAAAAUUUUGUUUAUUAUGCAUUAAUUUAAGAUUCAACUAUUGUUAUAUUAUGGUUAUCUUGUCAACAUUUUUAUUAUGAUUUUAUAAUGUCUUCACAUUGUUCGUCUUGUCUGAACUCCUGAAUGGUUCACACAAAUAUUUAAAUACAAAUAGUCUUUCAAGGCUACCAUCAAUUUAAACAAGUGGAAUUUGAUCUGAAUUUUCACUAAAAACAAACCGGUAAAUAAAACUAUUUUGAUUUGAAAGAUUUAUAGUUUCAUGCAAUAAGAAGAUUAUCAUUAUGAAUAUUCUGGUAGUAAAAUCUGCAUUCAAUGUGACUACUAAAACUGUUAAUUAUUGAGUUUCUGAAAUUAAGUCUUCCAUCUAUAUAUUUACAUUUAAUGUUUUAAAGCUUGGUAUAAUUGUAAAAUAAAUACAAGAGCUUAUUAGUGACAAUAAUUUAUUGACAUAGCUUUGACCACAGUUAGGUGGUAUGUUUAUAAUUACCACUGAUGACUUUGCUGCUUGUGGGAAUAUAAGGAGACCUGACAAGUCCUUGGUUUUUUUUUAAUUAGUGUAUUUUGGAACGUUUUGCCAUUAUGUAUCUAUUACAUAUCUUUGUAUUAAUGAAUGAAUGAAAACUAGAAUCAAAAGAGAAAUGCUUACCGUUAUAUAUUUUACUAUGUUAGUCAUAUUUUAGAAUGAUGAGUCUAUUUAUAAUUGUUAUUUAUACAAAGUAGUCAAUAAAUAAAACAUUUGUAUAGUAAAAAUGACUAUAUUUUU